AUGUUUAAACUUUUUUUUUAUAAAAACUAUAGUAAUAAUAAUAAUAAUAAUAAUAAUAAUAAUAAUAAUAAUAAUAAUAAUAAUAAUAAUAAUAAUAAUAAUAAUAAUAAUAAUAAUAAUAAUAAUAAUAAUAAUAAUAAUAAUAAUAAUAAUAAUAAUAAGAACUUAGUAAAUAAUUAA